AUGGCCGCGAAGAAGCCGUGGAUCGUGCAGAAGUAUGGCGGGACGAGCGUCGGAAAGUUUCUGUCAACGAUCGUCGAUACGAUCUCUCCGUCGUAUAUCGAGACGAACCAAAUUGUGAUUGUGUGCUCCGCGCGGUCCGGAAAGACCAAGGCGCUCGGCACGACGAACCUCUUGCUGCAGGCCAGCGCGGAGGCCAUGCGCUCUGCGUCGCCGUCUGCGACGCCGACGCCGAUGUCGAGCUCGUUCUCGGGAAGCGUUGGGGUGCAGGACUCGUCGCUCUGUUCGCAGCUCUCGCGCCUGGACGUGCAGGCCGCGAAUCCGUUUCACGCAACCGUCGACCAGAUCCUCGAGGACCACCUCGCCUCGGCACGCGGCGCGGUGCACACCCCAGAGAUCCUCGCACAGCUUGAGCAGGACAUCAGGGACGAGUGCGAUCGGUUACGCGAGAUUCUGCAGGCGGCGCGCAUCCUGCACGAAGUCUCGCCGCGCUCGCGCGACAUUAUCAUGGGCAUCGGCGAGCGGCUCUCGUGCCGCAUCGUGGCCGCUGCGCUGAACGACAAGGGAAUGAAGGCAGACCUCGUGACGCUUGAUACAAUCGUCGACGAGCUCGACGAUGAAUCGGCUGUGCGCGCGCCAUCGUCCUUGGAAAGCGCCGGCUACCUUGACCAGUCGUUCUACGACAAACUCUCGGCGGCGCUUGCGGAGCGCAUCGAGGCUUGCGAGGGCAUCCCAGUCGUCACGGGCUACUUUGGCAACGUCCCGGGCUCGCUCCUCUCGCAGGUCGGCCGUGGGUACACGGAUCUGUGUGCGGCGCUGUGCGCCGUCGGCCUGCACGCCGACGAGCUCCAGAUCUGGAAGGAGGUCGACGGUGUGUUUACCGCAGACCCGCGCAAGGUGCCCACUGCGCGGCUCGUCCCGGCAAUCACGCCAGAGGAGGCCGCCGAGCUGACGUACUACGGCAGCGAGGUCAUCCACCCGUUUACCAUGGAGCAGGCCAUCAAGAAGUCGGUGCCGAUCCGCAUCAAGAACGUCGAGAAUCCGACGGGGUGCGGCACGGUCAUCUUCCCGGACCACGAAAACGCAGACGUCGAGGAGGACGUGCGCCACGAUCCGUUUGUCGACGGCCACGUCGAGCAGCCGCCCCCGCCCAUGUCGCGCAGCGGCACACCAGGCACCGCCACGCCGUUGCUCCCGGGCAUGCUGCGCCCGUCUGCGCCGCCGAUCACGCAAAAGCGCCGCCUGCCUACUGCGGUCACGAUCAAGGACAAUAUCAUCGUGCUGAACGUCCACAGCAACCGCAAGACCAUUUCGCACGGCUUCUUUGCUCGCAUCUUUGGCACGCUCGACCGCUACGGCGUGGUGGUCGACCUUAUCUCGACAUCGGAAGUGCACGUAUCGAUGGCCAUGACGGCCGAAGUCAAGCCGCGCACGCUCGAGCGCCUCAGCGCGGAGCUCGAGCACGUCGGCACAGUGAGCGUCCUCCGCAGCAUGGUCAUCCUGAGCCUCGUCGGCAAGGAGAUGCGGCACAUGAUCGGCGUGGCAGGGCGCAUGUUUAGCACGCUCGCCGAGGGCAACAUCAACAUCGAGAUGAUUUCGCAGGGCGCGAACGAGAUCAACAUCUCGUGCGUGAUCCACGAGCGCGCGGCACUCAAGGCACUGAAUCUGAUUCACUAUUCGAUCCUCGAACUCUCACCGAAGCCGAACAAUAUGGAGGGCGGCUCGUUUGGGCGCUCCUUUUUCUAG